UUGGAUAUCUGUAUUAACACGCGAAGAACCCGGAACCUCAAAUACCAAUCGCGUUGUACGUUCUCUUCGCGUCAGGACGCCGUGGCGCGAAAAGGCUUCAUUGAGCGGACCGGCGGACAGAAGGCUGCGCAUCCAUUCGAGCUGUUUAGCGUUUAUUACGUCGUUUUUCCCCUAAAUUUAAACAAACUAUUUCAUUAUGGCUACUGAUGGCGGAGAUGAUCGCGUGAUGAGGGAGGCGCAGAGGGAUUAUCUUGACUUCCUGGACGAUGAUCAAGACCAGGGCAUUUACCAGAGCAAAGUCCGUGACAUGAUCAGCGAGAACAAGUCUCGUCUCAUCGUCAACAUUAACGACCUGAGGAGACGCAACGACGUGCGGGCUGCCAAGUUGAUGAACAAUGCUUUUGAAGAGCUGAUGGCCUUCCAGCUGGCCCUGAAGGAUCUGGUGGCCUCGGUGGAUGCCACCUACGCCAAACAGUACGAGGAGUUCAACAUCGGCCUGGAGGGAAGCUUCGGCUCCAAGCACGUCACCCCCAGGACGUUGACGUCGAGGCUGCUGGGCAGUAUGGUCUGUGUGGAGGGCAUCAUCACCAAGUGUUCUCUUGUGCGCCCCAAAGUGGUGCGCAGCGUUCACUACUGCCCUGCCACCAACAAGACCAUGGAGCGGAAGUACACUGAUAUGACCUCCUUGGAUGCUUUCCCUUCUAGUUCCAUCUACCCCACAAAGGACGAGGAGAACAACCCUCUCGAAACGGAGUUCGGUCUGUCCGUCUACAAGGACCACCAGACCAUCACGGUGCAGGAGAUGCCAGAGAAAGCCCCAGCGGGCCAGUUGCCUCGCUCUGUGGACAUCAUUCUGGACAAUGACCUCGUGGAUGUGGUCAAACCGGGAGACAGGGUGCAGGUCAUCGGGACGUACCGCUGCCUGCCCGGAAAGAAGGGAGGCUUCACUUCCGGGACGUUCAGGACCAUCAUGAUCGCCUGUCAUAUCAAACAGAUGAGCAAGGAAGCGUCCCCAUCCUUCACUGCUGACGACAUCAGCAAAAUUCGAAACUUCUGUUGCAGUCGCUCUGUGAAUGUUUUUGAUCAGCUGUCUCGCUCGCUGGCCCCCAGCAUCCACGGUCACGAGUACAUCAAGAAGGCGAUUCUCUGCAUGCUGCUCGGUGGUGUGGAGAAGGUCCUGGAAAACGGCUCGCGAAUCAGAGGAGACAUAAAUAUCCUGCUCAUUGGUGACCCUUCCGUUGCCAAGUCUCAGCUUCUGCGUUACGUUCUCCACACCGCACCAAGAGCCAUCCCCACCACUGGACGGGGCUCCUCCGGGGUGGGCUUGACCGCCGCUGUCACCACUGACCAGGAAACCGGGGAGCGGCGCCUGGAGGCCGGCGCCAUGGUGCUGGCCGAUCGCGGCGUGGUGUGCAUCGACGAGUUUGACAAGAUGUCCGACAUGGACCGCACCGCCAUCCAUGAGGUCAUGGAGCAGGGUCGAGUCACCAUCGCCAAAGCCGGCAUCCACGCCCGCCUGAACGCCCGCUGCUCCGUUCUGGCGGCUGCCAACCCCGUCUACGGCAGGUACGACCAGUAUAAAACCCCCAUGGAGAACAUCGGACUGCAGGACUCUUUGCUGUCACGUUUCGACCUUCUCUUCAUCGUGCUGGAUCAGAUGGACCCGGAACAGGACCGUGAGAUCUCGGACCACGUCCUGAGGAUGCACCGCUAUCGUGACCCCCGUGAGCAGGAGGGUGCAGCAAUGGCUCUGGGUGGCUCAGUCGACGUCCUGGCCACUGAGGAUCCGGAUGCUGCGGCGCAGGAGCAUGAGGAGCUGCAGGUCUACGAGAAGCACAACAACCUGCUGCAUGGGAACAAAAAAAAGAGAGAGAAGAUUGUGAGCAAGGAAUUCAUGAGGAAGUACAUACACAUCGCCAAAGGGGUGAUGCCGGUGCUGACGGAAGAGGCGGCCAAUCACAUCGCGGAAGAGUACUCGAGGCUGAGGAGCCAGGAGCAGCUGGGCGCCGAUAUUGCCAGGACAUCCCCGGUGACGGCCCGAACACUGGAGACUCUGAUCCGUCUGUCCACGGCUCACGCCAAGGCCCGCAUGAGCAAAGUCGUGGAGAUGGAGGACUCGGAGGUUGCGGUUGAGCUCGUCCAGUUCGCCUACUUCAAGAAGGUUCUCGAGAAAGAAAAGAAGCGCUCCAGAAAGAAACAUGCUUCUGGCUCAGAUGAGGAGGAAGACGAAGAGGUUGCAUCUACUCAGCAGUCACAGAGAUCUCAGAGAAAGAGGGUGCGCCGCGGGUCACAGGGCAGCGAGCCCUGCAGUCCAUAUGACUUCACUGAAGAGCAGGAUGUUCCUGACAUUCAGGUCGCCGCCGUGAAAAAAACCAAGGCCAAGCAGGUGGAAGAAGAACAAAUGGAUACCUCCUCACCGGCUGAUGGCUCUGAGCUCUCUUCUGAAAGGCUGAAGGAGUUCAAGUCCUCCCUGUUUGCCGUGUUUCAGUCAGCUCACGCUCAGUCGGUAAAGAUGCAAGUGCUGAUGGAGGGUGUCAACAAAGAACGUCAGGUGCGCUUCACGGAAGCGGAGGUCCGCGCCGCUUUGACUCGCAUGCAGGACGACAAUCAGGUCAUGGUGGCUGAUGACAUCAUCUUCCUCAUCUGAGAGCAGGCGAAAGACCGCCAGUCGGUUGUGUUCAAUGGACGUCUAAAGAAGAUGCAUUUCUGCGGUUUCUCCGGCCUUUUCUAUUCAUACUUUUCAUAACAGCGCAGCCGUUUGAAAUUGUGACAGUGUUUCUACAUUGGAGUGCAUCUGCUCAACUGUUUGGUUUAUGAUUACUUUGAGUAAACUGUUAUAUAUCAUCUGCCGUUCAAUAUACUAUUUUCCCCCC